AUGUUCAAAAGCAUGUUGACCGGCGGCUGGAAAGAAAGCGUUGAAUUCCAGCAGAACGUUUCCGUUACAAUCGAAGUCGAGGGCUGGGACGUGGAUUCCUUCACCAUUGUUCUGCGUGCAAUUCAUGGCAAAUUCAAUCAGAUACCAAAAUCGCGAACUCUUGAGCAGGUGGCAAAAAUUGCUGACAUUGCAGACUACUACCAACUCAAAGAGAUCAUGUCUGUCAUGCUUCCGGCAUGGAAGACAGCUCUGUCAGAUGGUCUCGCUCAUGGUACUUAUCGAGAUUUGGUUAUGAGCGUGUGGGCUUCCUGGUUUUUUGGGGCUGAUCAGGAGUUCAAAAACGCAACCUCCAGUGCGAUGACGAGAAUGUCUGGUCAAGUUGUUAGCCUCGGAUGCCCGAUUCCUGCGAAAAUCAUUAAUGCAAUGAACAAUGCCAAGACCAAUGCCAUCCGAGAUGUCUUUUCGUCGUCUGGGAAGGGCAAUUAUGGAUGUUGCUUUCAGUGCCGCUCAAUCAUGACUGGAGCCCUCCAGUUAGAACAGCAUAAAAAUGGUUUCCUAUCACCACAACCUAAAAGCCCCUAUCCAGGCAUCCAUUACAGUGGUCUUGUCCACACGGUGCAGUCAUUCGAAUCACCUACAUGGUAUGACAAGAAAGCUUCGAUUUGGCGUUCAAAGCAGAGAAAUACCGCCCCGCACCAGUGCGCUCACUCAUCUUUCGCUUCGAUCUUCGGGAAUCUGAAGUAUCCUGUUCAAGGCCUGGAACUGCGCAACUUUGUCGUUUCAGAUACUCCAACUUUGAAACGAAAGCACACGGAUGAAUGA